AUGCGGCCUGCUCUCGAGCUGUACAAGUUGCGCUCGAAGAAGAGCGCAUUCCGAUUGCACCAUUGCUGGCUCAUUCUUAAGGACGCGCCGAAAUGGAGCGUUGCCAUGGAGCCACAGGAAGCUGGCUCAGAGCCAGCUUCGGUGACAUUGGCACCGGUCUCGGCUAUGGCCUCGAUGUUGACGGUAUUGUCUCGGUCCAAUCCGAAAUGGUCAAGGCGAUCGUGGAACGCAAUGCUAUUGCUCGUGACAGUGGCCAAUUGA